AUGCCCGCCUCUGCCUCGCUCCUCCACCUCUACGACUGCUGGCCCGCCUACAAGUACGUCAACUUCUCCCGGACCAUCUACGACGCCAUGGCAUACCUCAACGACACCAUCACCGUUAACAGCAACUACAUCUCCAUGCUCGCCGCGCUGAAGCGGUACGGCGACGACACGUCCGUCUGGGUGCCGCCGCAGACGGAGCGCGACGGGUACUAG